AAGCGUGAAAGUUCCUCGGAACAAAAUAGUGGCGGCCCAUGCUGGUGUGAUAAACGGCGAUUAACGCGACUUCGAAAUGCGAAUUUGUUCCAGUCAUGGAGACAAUAUCCAAGUCUUUCAACCUCGGAUCGUCAAAGACAAUCAAAGCGCUGUAGAUUCAAUUCUAGUCAUCGACAUCCAACUCUCUCGUCUUCGCAUCAUUCCUCAAACCGAAACUGAGAAGCUAUGGAGCAACAGGUUGCUAGGGUUCGCUGCCAGAGAAUUGGCUGCAACGCCAUGUUCACUGACGACGACAAUCCCGAAGGUUCCUGUCAAUACCAUGAUUCGGGACCUAUAUUUCAUGAUGGGACGAAAGAAUGGAGCUGUUGCAAGAAAAGAAGCCACGAUUUCAGUUUAUUUUUAGAGAUUCCAGGAUGCAAGACCGGAAAACAUACAACAGAAAGGCCAGUUUUGUCCAAGCCAUCCACUGCUGUAAAGAAGCCAAGUCCGGCCCCUGUGUCUUCCAUAACAAAUACAUUAGGGAAAGAGUCAUGCGCUAGGUGCCGGCAAGGUUUCUUUUGUUCAGACCAUGGUUCACAAGUCAAAGGCGAUAACAAAUCUAGUAAUGAAGCCUCAACUUUACCUGAUGAAACCAACGCAGAUUCUCAAGCCGCUCCUGCUCCAGCCAAAAAGAUAAUUGGUAUAAAUGAACCUCAGAUCUGCAAGAAUAAGGGAUGUGGUAAAACUUUCACAGAGAUGGAGAAUCAUGACACUGCCUGCAAUUUCCAUCCCGGUCCGCCUGUUUUUCACGACCGGUUGAGAGGGUGGAAAUGCUGUGACAUUCAUGUUAAGGAAUUUGAUGAGUUCAUGGAAAUUCAACCAUGCACUCGCGGGUGGCACAAUGCCGAUCCAGCGUAACUAAACAGCAUAGGCACACAAGGUAUCGAGUUUCUUGCAUUUUACAUGUUUAUGAGGAUGUGUUAUGCCUUCUAUCUUCUUUAACCUUCUUCUGCAAGAUGAAGCUGCCUGUCGUUUCGGCAUUUUCACGCUCUACUCUCAAUUUAACCGUUGCAUGUCUUGACUUUAUAUGAUAAGUUCAAUGUUAUAAACUUGUGAUCCUGAAUAUAACAUUCUUAAUCUUUGGAAACUAUAUAUCUGGAACCUUGUGUGGA